GUCCGUACGCCGGGUUGCUCUUGUGCUUGGGUUUUUGGGGUUGUUCGUCGAAUCGGUAGGAGGGUGCGGCGGUAUCGCGUUGUUGCUUGUUGGAAUUCUCGCUUUCUCUUAUUUGGGUGUGAAGUUUGGUGGGUUUCGAUUCCUCGGAAAGAUUGGGUUAAGUGUAGUUUUCUCUCUUUCUGUGGCUUGAAGAAAAGGUAAGUGGUCAGCAUUUUUUUUGGCUCAUAUCAGUUUGGCGAGAAGCAUUGAAGCACAAAUGUGUGAUCUUGUUAAGGUUGGGAUUUGUCGUUGGUUUCUUCCGGAAUCUUGAUUAGGAAGCGUUGUCCGUGCUUGCUACUGGGGUACCUGAGUUUGGUUGCCCUCUGCGAUUUCGCAGGAUGUGGGGCCCCGCGUAAGAUUGGGUCGAUAAGUUAUGCAGAUGAUGGAUAUUGUGGGAUCCAUAGUCGAUAUCCCGGUUCAAGAUCCGCAGGAUGAGGAUUUCUCCUCUGCUGAUUUGAUUUGGACCAAGUUUGGCACCCCCGAGCACCACGAUGAUGUUGCUCUAAUUCCCUUCUCGAGAGUCGAUGCCUUCAUAAUUGGCGAGUGCUCAAAUGUAGAAUGCCCGACGAGGUUUCACAUUGAAAGGGGAAGAAAACGACUGAAAGGAAGCUUAAAGGAGUACAAGAAUGAUGAAUAUCUGGAGUAUAAGAUGUAUUGGUGCUCAUUUGGUCCUGAAAACUAUGGGGAAGGCGGUGGCAUAUUACCCAGUCGAAGAUAUCGAUUAAACACACGAAAUCGUGCUGCCAGACCUCAGUCAAUGCGAGGCUGCACUUGCCAUUUUGUAGUGAAGCGCCUUUAUGCCCGUCCAUCACUUGCACUUCUUAUAUAUAAUGAUCGGCGUCAUGUAAACAAGGCUGGCUUUGUCUGCCAUGGGCCACUAGACAGAGAUGCUAUUGGCCCUGGUGCCAAGAACAUUCCGUAUAUCUGUAGUGAGAUUCAGCAACAAACUAUGUCCAUGAUAUAUCUUGGAAUUCCUGAAGAGAAUGUGCUGGAGAAGCAUAUUGAAGGGAUUCAACGCUAUUGUGGUUCAGAUGCAAAGGUCAAUAGCCUUGCUUCGCAAUACGUCCACAAACUUGGGAUGAUCAUUAGAAGGUCCACUCAUGAGUUGGAUCUAGAUGAUCAAGCCAGUAUCCGGAUGUGGGUUGAACGAAAUAAGAAAUCCAUAUUCUUCUAUCAGGACACUUCAGAAACAGAUGCUUUCAUCCUGGGCAUUCAAACAGAAUGGCAGUUGCAACAAAUGAUUCGUUUUGGACACCGCAGUCUCAUAGCAGCAGAUUCGACCUUUGGUAUAAAGAGAUUGAAGUACCCUUUGUGCACGUUACUCGUCUUUGAUUCUAGACAGCAUGCACUUCCUGUCGCUUGGGUAAUUACUCGUAGCUUUUCGAAGCCAGAUGUCUCCAAGUGGAUGAAAGCACUUCUUGAUCGAGCUAGAAGUGUUGAGCCUGGGUGGAAGGUUAGUGGUUUUCUGAUUGAUGAUGCUGCUGCAGAAAUUGAUCCCAUAAGGGAUAUAUUUAGCUGUCCUGUCCUCUUUUCUCUUUGGCGAAUUCGUAGAACAUGGCUAAGGAAUGUGGUGAAGAAGUGCCCUAAUCCUGAAGUCCAGCGUGAGGUUUUCAAACGUUUGGGACAAAUUGUUUACAGUAUCUGGGAUGGGUCUGAAACUUUGGCUGCUCUGGAAGAGUUAGUACUUGAUUUUGCUGAUCAAACUGAUUUCAUGGAGUAUUUCAAGGCAUUUUGGGUACCCAAAAUUGAGAUGUGGCUUUCAACAAUGAAAGCCCUUCCUCUUGCAAGCCAGGAAGCAUCGGGUGCCAUAGAAACCUACCAUGCGAAGCUAAAAACAAAAUUGUUUGAUGAUUCACACCUUAAUGCACUCUGGAGAGUAGACUGGCUCGUGCAUAAAUUGACUACCGAGCUUCAUUCCAGUUAUUGGCUUGACAGAUAUGCAGAUGAAAGUGAUUCCUUUCAAAAUGUUAAAGAGGAAUAUAUCACUUCCACGUCGUGGCACCGAGCUUUGCAAAUUCCUGAUUCUGCCAUCACCUUUGACGAGAAAGAUCACCUCUACGCCAAAGUGCAAAGCCAAAAAGACAGCAGUGUGACGCACUGCGUAUGGAACCCAGGAUCGGAAUUUGCUUUUUGUGAUUGCCCAUGGUCGAUGCAGGCAAACCUUUGCAAGCAUGUCAUAAAGGUCAACAUGACAUGUGAAAAUCGUCAAGGCGGUCAAUCUUCCAUGUCUAUGCAGUCAUUCAGGGAGAUAUUGCUGAAUAUCUGGAAAAUGCCUUUGGAUGAUUCACUAGCAUUGGAUCAGUCGAUGGCUUGGACCUAUCAGAUGCUUGAUCAGAUACAGAAACUUGUCGAGUUGAAUAGCACUAAUGAUAUUGGCACCGUGGUGAAUAGACUGCCAAUCCAAUGGUUGUCCAAGAAAACCAGAACAUCUGUUUGCAUACCGUCAGCCACCUUAGGUUUGCCAUCAAGUUCCAAGGACUCCACGAGACUUACUGUUGCUCUAAAAAAGAACCGUAAGAGAAAGAGAUUGUCACGGCUGAGAUGACAUUUAAGGCAACAGGGGGUUUUCCAGCAUAGAGAUAAAUGUUCAAUUUGUUGUUGGCAGACUGAUUCUUUCAUUUGAAUUCACUUCAGAACAAAUUGGCUGCGAUCUAUGUUUCUGGAGGUAACCCUCCAGAUAAAUUAUGCUCAUGGCCUGUUUUGCUUUGGAUGAGGUGUGCCAUUUGGAAAACGAAGAGAUGAUCCAACGCCCAAGCUUUUGGUGCAUCCUUGGAUAUAGCUUGAGCUGCUUACCUUGUAGCCCCUUGUGAAUCAUUGUUAUACUUAACAGAAUUUUGGACAUUCAAACAUUGGUUCCUUUCUCUUCA